UCCUCUUCCAAGUUCUGGGAUUUUUCAGCCUUGCUUGGCUUGGGCCAAAAGCACAAAAAAGGCGUUUUCGGAAGCGGCUCGGCCGUGCACAAGGGCCAUUUGUUUGUUUUGGGACUCGGGGCAGGAAAUCUUGCCCGGCCUGAGUCACGGCGGCUCCUUCAAGGAAACGUCAGUGUUCUCUGGUCGCCCUUGCCCGCUGCGCGCCCGGCCGCCGCUGCCCAUGGGGGAGAUGCAGGGCGCGCUGGCCAGGGCCCGGCUCGAGUCCCUGCUUCGGCCCCGCCACAAAAAGAGGGCCGAGGCGCAGAAAAGGAGCGAGUCCUUCUUGCUGACCGGACUGGCUUUCAUGAAACAGAGAAGGAUGGGCCUGAACGACUUUAUUCAGAAGAUUGCCAGUAACUCCUAUGCAUGCAAACACCCUGAAGUUCAGUCCAUUUUGAAAAUCUCCCAACCUCAGGAGCCUGAGCUCAUGAAUGCCAACCCUUCUCCUCCACCAAGUCCUUCUCAGCAGAUUAACCUGGGCCCAUCAUCCAAUCCUCAUGCUAAACCAUCUGACUUUCACUUCUUGAAAGUGAUCGGGAAGGGCAGUUUUGGAAAGGUUCUCCUGGCAAGACACAAAGCCGAAGAAGCAUUCUAUGCAGUCAAAGUUUUACAAAAGAAAGCGAUCCUGAAAAAGAAGGAGGAAAAGCAUAUUAUGUCGGAGCGGAAUGUCCUCCUGAAGAACGUGAAACACCCUUUCCUGGUGGGCCUUCACUUCUCUUUCCAGACGGCUGAUAAACUGUACUUUGUCCUAGACUACAUUAACGGUGGAGAGUUGUUCUACCAUCUCCAGAGGGAGCGAUGCUUCCUGGAACCACGGGCUCGGUUCUAUGCUGCUGAAAUAGCCAGUGCCUUGGGUUACCUGCACUCCCUGAACAUCGUUUAUAGAGACUUAAAGCCAGAGAAUAUCUUGCUGGAUUCACAGGGACACAUUGUCCUUACUGACUUUGGACUCUGCAAGGAGAACAUUGAACACAAUGGCACAACGUCUACCUUCUGCGGCACACCCGAGUAUCUUGCACCUGAGGUGCUUCAUAAGCAGCCUUAUGAUAGGACCGUGGACUGGUGGUGUCUGGGGGCCGUCUUAUAUGAGAUGCUGUAUGGCCUGCCUCCCUUUUAUAGCCGAAACACAGCUGAGAUGUACGACAACAUUCUGAACAAACCCCUCCAGCUGAAGCCAAAUAUUACAAAUUCUGCAAGACACGUCCUGGAGGGCCUCCUGCAGAAGGACAGGACAAAGAGGCUUGGUGCCAAGGAUGACUUUAUGGAGAUUAAGAAUCACGUCUUCUUCUCCCUAAUUAACUGGGAUGAUCUCAUUAAUAAGAAGAUUACUCCCCCUUUUAACCCAAAUGUGAGUGGGCCCAGCGACCUGCGGCACUUUGAUCCCGAGUUUACCGAAGAGCCGGUCCCCAACUCCAUUGGUCGGUCGCCCGACAGCAUCCUCCUCACAGCCAGCGUCAAGGAAGCGGCCGAGGCCUUCCUGGGCUUUUCCUACGCACCUCCCGUGGACUCCUUCCUCUGAAUGGUCUUAGGGUUGGUUGCGAAGGAUUUUUACGGGCGUUUUUGAAAUGUUUCAGUUAGCCUUUUGGCAGAGCUGCCAGCUGACAGGACAUCUUAGAAGAGAAUUUGCACAUCCCUGGAAGCUUGCACGUCUUGGCAAUCUUAUUGCACACUGUUCGCUGGAAGCUUUUCGAAGAGCACAUCCUCCCCGGUGAGCUCGUGGGGUUUUCCUUAUUCUUCCUUCCAAUGUGGUGCUAUCUCUGAAGUGAGCAGUAGAGGGCCGCCCCAGACAGGUGCAGUGGUCUCAUUCGAAGGAGGACGCUUGUUCUGAGAAGGAGCUUCUGAAGGUCUGUCCCGGGCCGUGAUGUAACGAAUCUUAUGAAACGUGCCUUUUCUGAUGAGAUCGUGUUAGCUCCAAAGUUCUUCCUGUUGCCGUGUGUUUCCGUUCUGUUUUUCCUUGUGGACUUCCUGUGUGAUCAGCCGUAUGAGUGUGGUAUGCUUGCUCACAGAAGGACUCAGUUAUAAGCAUCAAUGUGACACUUGCAGGACACUACAACGUGGGACAUUGUUUGUUUCUUCCAUAUUUGGAAGAUAAAUUUAUGUGUAGGCUGUUUUUUUUGUGUGUGAGAUAUAGUUAAUAACUAAAAUUUAUCGAAAAUGGUCUUGCAAUGACUUGUAUCCAGAUGCUUAAAGAAGCAUUGCUGCUACAAAUAUUUCUAUUUUUAGAAAAGGUUUUUAUGGACCAAUGCCCCAGUUGUCAGUCAGAGCCUGGUGUUUUCAUUGUUUAAAAUAUCACCUGUAAAAUGGGCAUUAUUUAUGUUUCUGUUUUUGUUUCUUUUUUGCAUUCCUGAUAAUUAUAUGUAUUGUAUAAAGAAAGUCUGUACAUUGGGUUAUAACACUAGUAUAUUUAAACUUACAGGCUUGUUUGUAAUGUAAACCACCAUUUUAAUGUACUGUAAUUAACAUGGUUAUAAUAAUGUACAAUUCUUUUCCCCCCUCCCUACCACACACCUUUUUUUGUGUGUGAUAAACCAACUUUGGUUUGCAAUAAAACCUUGAAAAAUAUUUGCAGAAA